AUGAUCGAUACGGCGUGGAUCUACCAGUCGUUUGGUAUUGACGGCAAGCCCAACGUCACCAACGAAGCGCUUGUCGGCAAGGCUCUCAAGCGCUUUGGCCGCGACAAGUUUAUCGUUGCGACCAAGUUCGGACUCGGCGUCGACGCCAAUGGUCAACGGUACAUCAGCGGCAAGCCGGCGUUCAUUCGUGAGCAGCUCGCGGAGUCGUUGGAGCGUCUCGGUAUCGACUCGGUGGAUCUCUACUACAUGCACCGCAUGGACCCGUCGACGCCGAUCGAGGAGACGAUGGCGACCCUCAAAGAGCUCGUCGACGAAGGCAAGAUCAAGUACGUUGGUCUCUCCGAGUGUUCGUCGAGCGAGCUGCGUCGCGCCCACGCCGUGCACCCGGUCUCGGCCAUCCAGAUGGAGUGGUCGCUCAACACCCGUGACAUUGAAGACUCGGUCGCCAAGACGGCGCGGGAGCUCGGCGUUGGCAUCGUGGCCUACUCGCCGCUCGGCCGCGGUCUCUUGACGGGUGCGAUUGCGUCGACCAACGAUAUUUCGGAGAAGGACAUGCGCCGCCGCAACCCGCGCUUUGUUGAUGGAAACCUCGAGCAGAACAAGGCGACCCAGCUCUUUGAACUCGCCAAGGCCAAGGGCGUCACGCCCGCGCAGCUGGCCCUCGCCUGGGUCCUUCACCGUGGUGACGACGUGGUGCCGAUUCCUGGUACAAAGAGCCCCGCGCGUCUCAUUGAGAACGCGGGCGCGGCGGCGAUCCAGCUCUCGGCUGCCGAGCUGGCCGAGAUUGAGGCGGCGAUCCCCAAGCUAGCGGGCGACCGCACAGAUGCGGCGACGUUGAAGACCAACUAUGGUGCGCGCGAAUACGAAUAG